AUGCAGUAUCUCGAAAAUGAAGAACUGCACAAGUUUCCAAAAGCCAAAAUCCAGCUCUUCGCCCCAAGUAUGGCCACUUUCUUGAAGCACAAUGAAACCUCCAUAUGCAGAGAUGUACUUGGCCAGAUGCCAGACUUGGCUGAGAAUCGAACAACACACGUUUUCAUACCUGUAAAUAGCGAUGAAAAGACCGACCACGAUCUCGACUCAUAUCGUCCCUCCGACCUUUCGGCGGGAACACACUGGUCCUUACUUGUCAUCUCUUUGAUCGACAACGUCGCUUUCCACUACGACAGCCUCGAUGGCGUUAACAAAAAGGAUGCCAUGCAGCUACUCACUGGAAUCGAAGCAGCUCUGCCUGUCCCAAGAACCCUACGAUAUGUGGAUAUGCACGACUCGCCACAACAACCUGACGGAUGGAACUGCGGAAUCUUCGCCAUCGUCAUAAUGAAACAUCUGCUGCUUAAGCGACUGCUCAGGGCGGAUGCAAAUCAGAAGAUUACAAUGAGUAUGAGAGAUGAGGACAUUGACUAUGAAGGUGCACGCAAGAUGAUCCGUGCCUUGAUCGAAGAGCGAAGGGAGGAAGCUCUCUCGAGAAAGUGA